UCCAUCACAGAAGGAAAUUAACAACACACAGGCACUGCAAGAGAGGAAUUACAUUAUACAGAGAGAACAUUCAAAUCACGUUUGAAAAGAGGACAAAGUUUUGAAGAAGAAUUUGGCUGUCCACGAUGGUGUCUGCUGGGUUACAAAUUCUGGGUUCUGCCCUGGGGAUGCUGGGCUGGAUUGGAGUCAUCCUUGUGUGCGCACUUCCCAUGUGGAAGGUCACUGCUUUUAUUGGGAGCAACAUUGUAACCGCGCAGACCAUCUGGGAAGGUAUUUGGAUGAACUGUGUGGUCCAGAGCACAGGCCAAAUGCAGUGUAAGAUCUACGACUCCAUGCUGGCCCUCAGCUCUGACCUCCAGGCUGCCCGGGCCCUGACCAUCAUUUCUAUUGUGGUGGGCAUUCUGGCUAUCCUGCUGUCUGUAGCUGGGGGGAAAUGCACCAACUGUGUGGAGGAUGAGACGUCCAAGGCCAAGGUGGGCGUUUGCUCUGGAGUUAUGUUCAUCAUAGCUGGGGUCCUCUGCCUCGUCCCUGUCUGCUGGACAGCCAACACCGUCAUCCAAGACUUCUACAACCCGCUGCUUAACGCUGCACAGAAGAGAGACAGUGUCAACAUGUCUUCUCAGGGCCUCCAGAUCAUGGGUGUGCUGCUCGCCUUCAUCGGCUGGAUGGGCACCAUCAUCGCCUGUGCUUUGCCUAUGUGGAGAGUUGCCACUUUUAUCGAGAUUAACAUCCUCACCGUCCAGGUGAUCUGGGAAGGCUUGUGGAUGAGCUGCGUUGUCCAGAGCACAGGCCAGAUGCAGUGUCAGGUGUACGACUCCAUGCUAGCUCUCACUCAAGAACUGCAGGCCGCCAGGGCCAUGGUGAUCAUCUCUGUGAUCGUCGGGGUGUUUGGUGUCUUCAUGGCUGUGGUUGGAGGAAAGUGCACUAACUGCAUGGAGGACGAAGUGGCCAAAGCCAAAGCCUGCAUCGUGUCUGGAGUGAUCUUCAUAAUAGCUGCCUUGCUGAUCAUGAUCCCAGUCUCGUGGUCAGCUCAUACAACAAUCUUGGACUUUUAUAACCCCAUGAUGAUCAAGGCUCAGAAGAGGGAGCUCGGGGCUGCACUUUACAUCGGCUGGAGCUCCGCUGGGCUGCUGCUGCUGGGAGGAGGUCUGCUCUGCAACAACUGCCCCCCACAAGAAAGUAGACCCUAUACAGCUGCCAAGUUUGCCCCUGCAAGAGCAUUUUCUGUUGCGGACUAUGUAUGA